AGUUUUCCUUUAAAUCUGCCUGCAUAUGGCCUCCUUAGUUUAACUCUGUCCCUGGAAAAAACAUUUUCCUGCAAAUAAAUAAAUGUGUAUUUCAGUACUGCUCCAGCUGCACAGAAGUAUUACAGCUAGAACUCAGUUGUCAAUAUCUGCUCUCAUUUUCCCAAUGUCUGUAAAGUAUAAUAAGUGCUGCGGAAUUUGUUGGCCCCAGAUAAAGGAUAAUAACGUUAACAUAGUAUCCGUGGUUUAAAUACAUAUAACCCUUAAAAAAAAAGUCGCUCGUAUUUUUUACAUGUUCCUCUGAGGCUUCCGUAAUCAAGUAACCUUGGAGACGGAGGACGCAUUCCAUACUCGCGUUGCGCUCUACGGUGAUUGCAACCAUGAUGUUGGACCCGUUGGCUGUGGAACAGGAGAGGUCCGUGGCAAAGCCACAGUCUGGCGAAGAGUCAUUGUGGGAGAGUGAGAGAUUAUCCCAGGUACCUUAUCGUGUUUUUAGAGGACACAAGGGCGCUGUGAACUCCUGUCAUUUUUGCUUUGAGGAUACAAAAAUAUUAUCAUGUUCACAUGACACAACAGCUAAACUUUGGGAUGUUUCUAGAUGUGAUCCUGUGCAUGUAUUUGGAGAUGAACACAAGGCUCCCAUUUCUGAAUGUAAUCUUACAGCUGAUAACAAAAGAAUGGUGACAUCAAGUUAUGAUAAAACCGUAAAGCUGUGGGAUAUGGAGUGUGGCCAAUUGAUUUGGUCUGUAAGCCUGGAAGGCCUUGUCAACUCAUGUAAUAUUUCUUCUGAUGGAAAGCUUGUACUUUGUGCUUUGGACAUGGAUAAUUCUUUGUAUAUCAUUGAUUCUGCAACAGGCUCAAAGAUUGCAUAUAUAAAAGAUCAGCACCUGAGCACCAUAACAAGAUGCUGCUUUGAUCCAGAGAUUCAGAGAGUAUGUUCAGUAUCAUCUGACAGAACUAUAAAGCUAUGGGAUAUUAAAGCCCAGCAUGCCACCAUUAUAAUAAGAAAUGCACACUCCAAUGUAAUUUCAGACUGCAGGUUUAGUUCGAAUGGCCAUAUUUUAUGCACAGCAUCUUGGGACAAAUGUUUGAAACUCUGGGAUAUCAAUGCGGGACAGUUUCGCCAUCAAAGACCUGAUGUUCUUCAUAAAGCACACAAAGGAUCAGUUAGUUCCUGCACAUUUUCCAAAGACAUGUCUGUCAUUGUAUCUGGUGGCUAUGACAAAACUGUAGUCCUUUGGGAUGUCAUUGCAGCAUCAAAGAAACUUGUCUUAAAGGGGCAUGAAGAUUGGGUUCUGGAUGUCUCACUGAGUGCCAACAAGAAGUGGAUUGUUUCUUCCUCAAAGGACUCUACACUGAGAUUGUGGAAUAUAGAAAACUAUGAAAAAAUCCCUGCAGUGACAGAAAACAUCAGAGCACUUGGUUCAACAGUGGUUCAGUGUGAAGAAUGUAAGAAGCCAUUUUCUUUCAUGAAUUGGGAUAAUCCUGAUUUGCUCAAAAGAUGCGUUUUCUGCCGUCUUGCAACACCUUCAAGAAUUUGUCCUUUACCUCCAAUCCCAGAUCCUGUUCUGUAAAUGGUUGGUUAUAAGGACUAAGAUUAACCAACUAUGAAAAAAAAUCAGGGGAACUAGAAAUCCAUCUAUAAUGGCUUCAUUUAUUGGCCUUGGACAGACCUUCAGAUGGCUUUAUGUUAAGAAGUUAUGAAUGAUAUUAGCAGUGAACAACUAUGGAUAUAUAUUUGUAGAUUGUAAGCUCUUUUGGGCAGGGCUCUCUUUACCUCUUGUAUAAGUUAUUGAUUGCUUUA